GAGUCACUGUACUUCAGGAUUUGGAUUAAGAGUCUAAUUAUCUUCUUCGUUUUCCCCCAACCCCUUGAUUGCCUUCUAUGUUUCUCACAGAGAUUUCCUUCUGGGCCAUAAAUCUUCUUCUCUCCUUUGCAUUUAUUUAAUAGCGUGGUAUUGGGGGUGGGGACAAGGUUGGUUUGUUCUUCUGCCCCCAAAACCACUUUCCCUACCCUAAAGUUCAGCGGUUCUGGGGGCCUGUGGACAUCUCCUUGUGGUCUGACUAGGGUUGGGGUUGGGCUUGGAUCUGGAGGAGUUGGAAAGAAUUUCCCUCUUAUGUCCCCUUAGUCAGAUCUGGACUGUUAAUAUUUCUUGUUUUCAUCUCACAAGAUUUUGUGCAAAUUGUUAAUGAACUCGGAAUCCAAACCGCUUUAGGCCAACAGAAGAUCUGUGGGCUUCUCAAGAACGUUAUUAAUGGGGACAGAAUGCCUAGGAGCUUGUCUCAAAGAUGACUCUGAUGGAAUGCCUUCAGUUCCUCCUGGCUUUGUGUCACUUACAUCAUUCACCUUGCAGAGAGUACAAGAAAAUGCUUUGGCCUCUGCAUGUGUUUCUAAUCCAAUACAGGCUCCGCUGGAAACUGAGUCUAGCAUCAUUGAAGACAAAAAGUUUAGAAAAUCACUUCGGCAUAGACCAUGGAUAAACUACAGGCAGUUUGAUUAUAGCUCGGAAGAAGAGGAGUCUGACUCUGAGCUCUUUGAGCAAGACAUCCCUUCAGUUAAUGGCCUACCAAAAGGGGUUCUUCGUGGAUGUUCUGAAUGUCAAAAUUGUCAAAAGGUCACAGCAAGAUGGCGUCCUGAAGUUGCCUGCAGACCCAUCCUUGAUGAAGCUCCUGUUUUUUAUCCAAAUGAAGAGGAGUUUAAGGAUACUCUCAAAUAUAUUGCGAGUAUACGUCAAGUGGCAGAACCAUAUGGAAUUUGCCGCAUUGUACCUCCACCAUCAUGGACUCCACCUUGUCCUCUCAAAGAAAAGGGUGUGUGGCAAAAUUCAAAAUUUGAGACUCGCACCCAACAAGUGGAUAAGCUUCAAAAUCGUGAUUCCAUCAAAAGAACUUGCAGAAAUCAUAUUAUUAUGAGGAGGAAAAGGAGAAAGCUCUUGAGGAUGGAGGCAGAAUGCAGAAACAAAAUUGAGAAGCUAGCAGAACCUAAUGGAUUUGGACACUGUACCAGUGCUGUGAGGUUUGGAUUUAAACCUGGUCCGGACUUCACUCUGGAAUCAUUUCAGAACUAUGCUGAUGAUUUUAAGGAGCAAUAUUUUUGCAUGAGAGACAUGGAUAAAGAUUUAAGAUCAGCUCAGUUGGAACUAUCAGUGGAGGAUAUUGAAGGUGAAUAUUGGCGAAUUGUUGAGAAGCCAACUGAAGAGAUUGAGGUGCUCUAUGGUGCUGAUUUGGAGACAGGAGUUUUUGGUAGUGGUUUUCCUAAAGCAUCUUCACCUCCAUCAAGUUCUGAUUUUGAGGAUCGAUAUGUGAAGUCAGGUUGGAACUUGAACAACUUCGCUAGGCUUCCAGGCUCUGUGCUUGCUUUUGAAAAUGGGGACAUUUCUGGCGUUCUAGUUCCGUGGUUGUAUAUAGGGAUGUGCUUUUCAUCAUUUUGUUGGCAUGUUGAAGAUCACCAUCUGUACUCAAUGAAUUAUUUACAUUGGGGUGCUCCAAAAGUGUGGUAUGGAGUCCCAGGCAGAGUAGCCGCAAAGUUGGAGGUGGCUAUGAAGAAACAUUUAACAGAUUUAUUUGAAGAACAGCCAGACCUGCUUCACAGUCUUGUUACUCAGUUUUCACCUUCCAUUUUAAAAUCAGAGGGCAUACCAGUUUACCGUUGUGUUCAGCGUUCGGGGGAGUUUGUCAUCACAUUUCCCCGAGCAUAUCAUUCCGGUUUUAACUGUGGAUUCAACUGUGCGGAGGCCGUAAAUGUUGCUCCCGUUGAUUGGUUGCCUCAUGGGCAGAAUGCUGUAGAGCUUUAUUCUGAGCAGAGGCACAAGAUAUCGAUAUCCCAUGACAAGUUGUUGCUAGGAGCUGCAAGGGAAGCAGUAAGAGCUCAGUGGAAUAUUUUAUUUCUGGGAAAAAAUACAUUAGAUGACUUAAGAUGGAAAGAAGCAUGUGGCCUGGAUGGGAUCCUAACAAAGGCGCUUAAGGUAAGAAUUGAAAUGGAGCGUACAAGAAGAGAAUAUCUUUGCUCUUCUCACUCAAGGAAAAUGGAUGCAGAUUUUGAUGCUAACUGUGAAAGAGAGUGCAUUGUGUGCCACUAUGAUCUACACCUUUCUGCAGCUGGUUGUCCAUGUUCACCAGAUAGAUUUGCAUGUCUGUGUCAUGCAAAGCAGCUUUGUUCAUGUGCUUGGAGCACCAGGUUUUUUCUCUUUCGUUAUGAGAUCAUUGAACUGAAUGUCCUUGUUGAUGCUCUUGGGGGCAAGUUGAGUGCAGUUCAUAAAUGGGGACUCUCAGAUCUUGGAUUGAGUUUAAGUUCUUAUGUUGCCAAAGAUAAAACACAAAAGCCCAUUACUAGAACUUCCUCAGAAAGUAUAGAUCAGAGAGAGAAGGGACAAGUGCAGCAAAGUAGUUCAAAUAGCGGUGAAAAAAAUUCUGCUUUAUCUCAAGAAGUCCAGGCAUCUUUGCCUCAGCCUACCUUCAUAGCAGUACCAAAGGAGAGAGAAAAGAUAACACCUAAUGCGGUUGAUUCAACACACACAAUUGCUGAUCCCUCUUCCCUGCACCAACAAAACAAAUCUACAACCAUGUUUCCUACAGAAGACUUGCAUCUACGAGGUAGGUCUUCAUCUGAAGUACAUCAGAGCUUACGGUCCAAUAAAGGACAUAGAAGUUCAGAUUCAAAUGCAUGUAGCAUUUCUAGCCGUGAAAAUUUUCAAGGGAGCGUGCUUAACAUCAGUAUGCUGCAAACUACUUCUAGUGAAAAGAACUCAGGGGGUUGCCCUGUCUUGGGGCCUGAGGGUUUGAGUAACUCAGAUAAAAUGGUGUGUGGUACAGGAAAAAAUAUAUUAGCUACUGAUGACGAUGCUAAAAAUUUAAAAGAUGCUGGGUACGAAGGAGGAGAGAAGCUGCUUUCAGAUGACAUAAAGAAACAACCAGUUUUAGAAAGCUCGGAAACUUUUGCAAGGCUGACAAACUGUGAUGAUAAGAUGACUCUCUGCAAUUCUCAGAAGGAUCCAGUUGUGGUGGCACCUGAGACUAAUGCAUCUGUAAGGAGUGAAAAGGAUGUCAGUUUGUUGCCCACUGUGGGGAUAUCUGAUAAUAUGCCCAACCUGGUAUCUCUAGGGGGCAGAGAUGGGAGGACACAGAGUACAUGCAGAGAGUAUAUCCCCUCUUUACAAAAUCAGCAAUUGGUUAGGUCCUAUCCUCAAAACACUUCUCACAGUAAGAACUCAAAUUCUGUAUCAAAUGCAAGGCAGAACUCAGAAUUUUUGGCUGCUAAAGAAGAGCAUGGGUGUAGUACAAAUAUCAGAAGUCAUCUUCAGCAGUCCGGAAGUAUGAAAACAGAAAGUGCAAUAAGGGGUGAGAAAACUGGACCAGAUUUUGCUCAUAACCUGAUGGAUAAAAGAGAUACUAUGACAGCAACCUUUUCUUGUUCUACAAAUAGCAUAGAUAGAUCCAACUGUCCACAGAAGGGGCCUCGCAUGGCCAAGGUGGUGCGGAGAAUAAAUUUUAGUGUUGAACCCUUAGAAUAUGGUGUUGUCUUGUCAGGAAAAUUAUGGUCUACAAGCAAGGCCAUAUUCCCAAAAGGAUUUAGGAGCCGAGUUAGGUACUUCAAUGUACUUGACCCAACUCAAAUGUGUAACUACAUCUCUGAAAUUCUGGAUGCUGGACUGCUUGGACCUUUAUUUAUGGUUUUGGUAGAGCAUUAUCCAAGUGAGGUAUUCUUUCAUGUAUCUGUGACAAAGUGCUGGGAUAUGGUUAGAGAGCGGGUGAAUCAGGAAAUCAGGAGACAGCACAACCUGGGAAGAGUUAACCUUCCUUCACUACAGCCUCCAGGAUCACUUGAUGGGCUUGAUAUGUUUGGUUUAACCUCACCAAAGAUCGUUCAGGCCAUUGAGGCAAUUGAUCCAAAUCAUGUUUGCUCAGAGUACUGGAGGUCAAGGCCUGAAGUUGCUACUCCACCAAUUGCAUCAAAUUCUACCAUGGACCGUAGACCAGGUCUUAAGGAGGUCGGAACUGAUGCACUUAGAGGCCUACUUAAAAAGGCCAAUCCAGAGGAGUUGCAUACCUUGCAUGGUGUCCUUAGUUAUGACCAGCAGAAUUCUAAGCAGGAAAUCAUCAAAAUUCUCCAUGAAGAAAUUGAGAGCCGCUCACAAGCAGUAUUUUCUAGUCCAAUGUGGCGUUAGUUGUAUUGUGUUUCUACCAAUUUUUUUGAGGGAACACCAAAACCUUUUCUUUUAGGGUUUUCAACUGAUGUAUCCACAUUCUUUUUUCCACAAAGUGGGCACGAGCACUGAAAUAGUAUCUCACAAGCUGCAGAAAUUGUAUCUACAGACCUCUGAAGUUAUUUUAAAUAAUCUUUUUUGUUUUUACUCUAUA